CUAUAAAAAUGUUUAAUUGUUAAAUUCUUUUAAUGGUACACUUAGCCACUUAAUAUAUGGGUAAUUUCCCCACUUUGCUGAGUUCUAGUUAAUAAAUGUGUUUUUCGUGCGUCUUUAUAUGUUUGAUAGUUAAACAAUGGAGUAUAAAUACUAAAAGUAAAAACACAUUCUUACAGUUAAUUGCCUAGUAUUUACACAGUGAUAUGUAUGCCAUGAACCAGACACAGAAUUAACUUUAUAAGAGGAUGAUUGUCUUAAUGAGUAUGAUUGCCUUGUUAUCUAAAGUUCUUUUUUCAGACGGUUGUGACACUGGCUGGUUUGGCUCGAAAUGUCAGUAUAAAUGUCACUGCAAAAUAAAGUGCCAUAUUAGCGGUGAUUGUCAAGGCCCUUGUGAAAAAGGAUGGUUUGGCUACAAAUGUCAGUACAGGGAUGUUGCCUUGGCUGAUACCAUUCGAACUGAUCCUCCAUUGGAAUAUGUUGCGGACUUUUUAAAAGACGACAGAAAUGACCUGUGCGUUACCUCUGGUACAAUUACUAUUCAAUGGUCAAGAUCAUAUUUCAUCUUUUUGACAAGAAUAGUGGCUCCUAAACCAGCUAUAUUUUAUUCUGCUGUACGAUUCUUAAUCAAAUAUAAUCAUUCUGCAAACGUUGAAGAAGCCAAUAUAACUGGGAUUAUAAUACACCAAAACACUCUAGACAUCUACUUUUCAUUAAAUCAAGGAAUUGAUACUUUAAUCUUGCAAACUGACACCGUCUUUAUGACAUGUUCUUUGUGGGUCAGUACAGGUCGAAACGUCGCUUUAAAGCAAAACACUGAACAAAGUAGUACGGAUGACGUAAGCCUUUCAUCGCAAGGCAAGGCAGUAGAUGGUGAUAAAACGACCUGCUCAAGAACUAAUAAGCAAGAUGAAAGGUCAUUUUGGACUAUAACUUUUGAGCAAUUCUAUUUCCUCAGGAAUGUUCAGACUAUAUUCGACGAACUGUCUAGAGACAAGUUUUAUAGCAUGACUAUGUUUGACGAACGGCGUAAAAUUAUUUAUCACAACCCUCGCUUUGACUCUAACCAUCUUCAUGAAAGGCUUCCUAAAAGAGAACAAAAAGUCCAGACAAUUACUGUGCGAGUUAUAGCUAACCCUGAAGAAGAUUCAUCUCUGGGACUCUGUGAAUUCGAAGCAUACGCAGAAUGUCCACCAAUGAUGUGGGGUCUAGAAUGUAACAAUGACUGUAACAGCUCCUGUACACAAGGAUGUCGCACUGAUGAUGGAUUGUGUUCAGAUUAUUGUCUUGGGUACUUAGAUCCUCCACUGUGCACAAAAGAAUGUGAUUUAGGGCUCUACGGUAUGAACUGUGUAAGGAAAUGUCCAGACAACUGUAAAAAUCAAACUUGUCAUCACGUCACUGGGAAAUGUCAUCAAUGUGUGGCUGGAUACCUGGGAAAAUUUUGUGAUACACAAUGUGCUACUGGAUUCUAUGGAGAUAACUGUACAUACAGCUGUUCAGACAAUUGUCGGAAUCAAACAUGUGAUGCUUCAAAUGGACAAUGUUUAAAAUGUAUAGAAGGACAUCAAGGACUUUAUUGCGAAGAGGAAUGUAAUACUGGAUUCUAUGGAGAUAACUGUACAUACAGCUGUUCAGUCAAUUGUCGGAAUCAAACAUGUGAUGCUUCAAAUGGACAAUGUUUAAAAUGUAUAGAAGGACAUCAAGGACUUUAUUGCGAAGAGAAAUGUAAUACUGGAUUCUAUGGAGAUAACUGUACAUACAGCUGUUCAGUCAAUUGUCGGAAUCAAACAUGUGAUGCUUCAAAUGGACAAUGUUUAAAAUGUAUAGAAGGACAUCAAGGACUUUAUUGCGAAGAGGGUAAAGCUAUAAAUUUCAAUUUUUUUUUAUUUUGUUGUGCUUAACGAUUUCUAAUAAGAACUUUAUAACAAAUAUAAUAUACAUAUAUAGUAUGUUUGUUAAAAAGAACAUGUACAAUAUUUACAAUAUAACAAGAUAUGCAUACAGCAAACAGUAAAAUUAAUUCAUCUAUCUCUGUUUCUCUCUCUCUCUCUCUCUCUCUCAUUCCUUCUCUCUAUCUUGUGAAUAUCUAUAUAUCUAUCUAUAUCUAUAUAUCCAUCUAUCUAUCUAUCUGAUGUCUCUCUCUCUAUAUAUAUAUAUAUAAUAUAUAUAACAAACAUUCUAAAUAAGACGAGUGUGCCUAUCAGUUUCACCAAUUUUUUUGGCCCCCGAGAUACAUUAAAUGUAGAGUAUAACCCAAGGUUUGUGUCUUAAAUAACAAAGGUAAGUAUUUUGUUUGUCUUAUAUAUUUUAGAAUAAAGAAUAAAAUAAAAAAAAAAACUAAUUGAUAUUCAAAGUUUGAAAAUCUAGCUACAGUAACAAUGCUAUUAGGCUAAUCCAUGGGCGUAGCCAGGGGGGGGGGUUCUUGGGGUUCAAACCCCCCCCCCCCCGAAAUGAAAUCC